GCCUGUAGUUUAGUGCUUCUACUACUUAACACCAAACACCUGGUUUCCUCAAGUUCUCCCAUGGUUUCCUCACGCACCAACCACAUGGCCGCCUCCUCCCCCUCCUGCUCCAGCUCUACCCCCAAUGGCGGGUGGUAGGCGGCGGCGUCCCUCCCCCCCUGAGAGGUAAAGGAGAAGUUUUUGCCCCCGCGCACCCGACUGUGCCACGUUGGGUUCGGUCGCACCAGCUAGCUCCCGUCGCCUGACCCGCGCCUCUUCCACUCGAUUGGUCGAAGCAGACACCUGGUGACGCGCGCCCGUGGUGAACUGAGAGGCGGCGGCUGCGGCGCGUCUUCACCGACUCCGGCGCUGGCGAGGGUGGCGCGUCUCACAGGCAGUUGCUUGCUGGCCCCCCCUGUAUUAUGGAUCUGCAGGCUGUGAUCUGUCAAUCUGUAGAUGUGAGAUUUGUCUCGAACUGAACGACAGUGAAACGGAGACCGGUUACCAUUGUUCCUGAAUUCUGUUGGUUCAUGGGGAGUCAGACAAUGGCGUCGCAGGCUGGGGGAGGAGGAGGCGGGGCCGGGACCGGCACAGCGCAACGCGGGCAGAUGCAGAGCCUGGGAAGACAAGGGUCUUUGUAUAGUCUUACCCUUGAUGAGGUGCAGAGCCAUUUGGGAGAACCCCUGCACAGCAUGAACCUUGAUGAGCUGCUUAAGUCUGUGUUUCCUGACGGUGUGGACCCGGAUGGUGCCACUGCCAGCCAGUACGAACAGACUUCGAGCCUCUUGCGACAGCGGAGCAUCACGAUGCCUCGUGAGCUCAGCAAUAAGACUGUGGAUGAGGUGUGGAAGGGUAUCCAGGAUGCACCGAAGAGAAAUGUUGAGGAGGGUGGUGGACGGAGGUGGGAGCGGCAACCGACUCUUGGGGAGAUGACACUAGAGGAUUUCUUGGUGAAAGCUGGGGUCGUCACCGAAGGAUAUCCGAAGGACUUGAACGACAUAGGAAAUGUGGAUCAGGUUGGAAGUGCUGGGGCUGCCGAGAUGACAACUGGGGCACAGUGGUUAGAGCGGUAUCAGCAGCAGUUUACUGCUAUCGAGCGCCGUCAGCAUGGGCAACAGAGUAUGCCAGGUGCUUAUUUGCCAAGACGGUUAGCCCUACAGCCACUGAAUGUUGGGCCAGGUGCUAUUCUGGAAUCAGCCUACCACGAUGGCUACAUUACUUCACCAAUGAUGGAUGCACUUUCUGAUUCUCCGACACCUGGUAGGAAGCGUGGUUCCUCAGGAGAUGUAGCGGAUAAGUUGAUUGAGAGAAGGCAGAAGAGGAUGAUCAAGAAUAGGGAGUCAGCUGCUCGUUCAAGAGCUAGGAAGCAGGCCUACACUAAUGAACUCGAAAACAAGGUAUCUCGUUUAGAAGAGGAAAAUGAGAGGCUAAAGAGACAAAAGGAGUUGGAGAAAAUACUCUUCUCUGUGCCUCUACCGGAACCCAAGUAUCAACUCAGGAGAACAGGCUCGGCGACUUUCUGAUUAUGUCCAGAAUAUCUUGUUUUGCAGGUUUUUAAGUGAUUUGGCUUGUAAGUUCUGCCUCUUUGGUUCACCAUCAUCCUAGUUCGAUGAUUUGCUCUCAAUCUCUCUAGAUUAGCAGGAGCCUAGUAUGUGCCGUGUGAUCACCGCUGCCUUCUGAGGCCGUGCUACUAGCCUAGUAUGUAAAUCUGCAGGAAACAUUUAGGUGUUCGAAGCUUCCUUUCCAUGGUUACAGACCCUUCUCUUCCAUGUGUGAUAUUCUGUGCUUGCGAAACUUGCACUAUGCCAGAUGGAUAUAUAUAACUAUAAGCAGUAUAGAACUUUAGUUUUCUUUCAACUUA